GAAAAUAUAGUUUGAGCGUUAAAAGUUCAGUCACUCACUGCUCAACUUUUAUAACUUACCGGCUAACAAAUAAGAACAUAUUGCAUUAAUCAUAUAAUUUGCGUAUCUUUCCAACAUCAUGGUUUGUCUCAAUACAAAUAGUAGACACGUCGUCACAAUGGGGACCCCUGUACUGAUAUUCCCGGCUGAUAAGUUACAAGUUUUUGAGUCAACGGUGAAAGGAAUAAAACUGAAACAAAAGUUCAUCUCUAUUAAGAUGAAAGCUAAAGGAUUGGAGAACUCUAUAAGAAAAUUAUGUCAAGAGUUUAGAGACGUUAAUUAUGAAAAAAUGAAUGCGUUCCUCAGGAGAACUGGUUCUACAGAGGACACAGUGUUUCAUCUAAACCGAGACUUUGAAGUAUCAUUGGGGAGUAAGACUGAAAACGGCCACCAAAAGUUGGAGAAGUUGCGAUUAAAAGAGAAGAAAGUACGACAAAAACUAGUUGUACAUUAUGGUGGAGGACAAAUAGGAGAGGAUAAAGUACGCAAUUUAGAAGAGGGGUUACAAAUGUUCCUGGAAAAUUCGUGUGACAUAUCGCUUACGUAAUCACGGUCACAAUGAAUAACAAAUGAUACAGAUAAUAAUUAUAUUCAAUGAAUUUCAUGUAAUGCAUAAAAAAUAUAAAUCAUAAACUAUAAAUUGAUGGGAUUCUACUCAAGCACUUUGUAUAAGUGCUAUUCAAUUACUAAUAAAGAUUUUUCUAAUUGGUUUCAAUAA